AGGUUCUCAUUUAUUCCGUGAGCCAAGUUUGACGUGUACAGGUUGCCGGUGCAUGAACAUUUUUCAUGUACUAUCAAUCUUUUUACGCGAAUUAACAAUGUUAACGUUCUUAAUCGCAAUAUGUAUUUUUUCUGCCGUACACGCUGCAAAUCUUGAAACAGUUCACGAUGAAGAACUCCUGAAUCUCAUAAAAACCGAAAAAUAUGUGAUAGUUCUAUUUACAAGAAAAGAUUGUCCGGAAUGCGAAAACUAUGAAAAUGAACUGAUUCAAUCGCGCGAAGAUUUAGUUGAUUCCUUGUCUGCAUGGAUUGUUAAGACUGUGGAUAGUCAAUUACUUCAAUUAUAUAGUACUGAUAAAGAACCGGUUAUAUUGUUUUUCCGACAUGGUCUUCCUCUACUGUACGAUGGACGUCUAAACGAUGAAGAGAUAUUAACUAUGUUUACAGAAAAUAAAGUACCUGCAGUAAAGGAACUUACAGAUGAUACAUUUGAGCAUUUAACACAAGCAAGUAGUGGUGCUACAACUGGCGACUGGUUUGUUAUGUUUUACAGUACAGACUGUGUGCAAUGCUUGCGUAUGGUUGCAAGAUGGGAAACAGUCGGUGCAAAGCUCAAGCAGAGAGUAAAUGUAGCACUUAUUAAUAAAUCCACAACUGGGGUUUCCACAGCCAGGAGAUUCAAUGUUUAUGAUACUCCGCAAUUUAUAUUCUUCAGACAUGGCAAAAUGUACCGUUAUGAUACAGGAAGAUAUGAUAUUAAUUCCCUUGUAUCAUUUGCCAAAGAAUGGUACAAAAAUGUAAGAGCAGAGAAAGUGCCUGUACCUCAAAGUCCUUUUGAUAAUUUCACACAAAUGGUUGCAAACUUGCUACACGAUAAUCCAUGGAUAUUGAAGCUAACCAGCAUUUGUAUUGGAAUACUAGUUGUUAUUACAGCCGUGUCUAAAUUUAAACAUAAACCUGAAACUCCACAGAAAAAAGAAAAAUAAGUCUACUGUGUUUGAUUUGCCAAAGAUAUAGUAUGGAUGUUUCUCUAUUUCGAUUAUCAACUACAAUAUUAAAAAUAGUUUUUGAUUGUACAUGAUGUUAUUACAUAUGUUACGUAAAAUGUAUAACUUUAAAUUUAAUAAUAUGCAUAUAUCUUUACAAAUCUCUAUGUCUUCUUCAAAAGUUUCUCUGCUUUUAAAUUACAAGAAAUUUGAUCAAAAUAAUUAGGAAAUUCAAUUAUUUUAUCUAACUAUAUUUAAAAUAUAUAUAAUUGGUAUGUGUAUGUGUGUGUGUGUGAUAUUAUAUUACAAAAUUAAGUUCAUAUAUUGAUAAUAUUUCUCUAAAUAUUUUUAAUUAUUAAUGAAAAAUGAAUAUGUAAUAAUGUAUAAUAAUCUAAUGUACAAACAUUUGUACUAAUUCUGGCACAAGAAAUUCGAUAUAUUUUUUAUUCAAGCUAUAUCUGAGCAAAUACAUAAUAAAUAGUAAUAUAGAAAAUGUUUGUAAUAAUAAAAAAAGAAGACAAAGCAGUAUUAUAUUAAAAAGUUACGUAACAAUGCAUAAAUAAUCUGCUUUGUCAAGAAAAGACUUUUAUUGUCAAGCUAUUACACACAAUACAUUCCAUCAUUAGUAUAUAUGAUAUUGUAUUACUCUACUACUCCAGAUAUUAUUGUUGCUGUUCUUUAUUCGGACAGUUUUUUUUCUAUGAGCAGAAUUUGUAAAUAAAUUACAUCUCAUUAAGAA